AUGCUGCCGAGCGAAUCCACAGCGACACUGCGGCCAGGUGCGCCAACGGGCCAGCCGCGACCGCACGCAUCGCCCCAGGCGUCGUGGGUGCCGCCUGCCGUCCUGCUGGUGCAGCCUGGGCCGGGCUGCCAGGCGGCGCAGAUAGCGCAGCGGUACGUGCUAAGGCGCGACGGCCCUACCAGAAUCGGGCGGGGCGAGAGCUGCGAUCUCCAGUUGGUAGGCCCUCACGUGAGCGGGGUCCACUGCUGCAUUGUGCCGAGGCCUGAUGCGGGCGGCUGGGAGGUGCAGGACGCCAGCAGCAACGGCACCUACGUGAUCAAGGACGCCAGCAACAGCAUUGGCGCGGCAGGUGAGGCGAUGCACACGCUCGGCAAGCUGCAGAGCAUGUCGCUCAGCGACCGCGACGAAAUCAGGCUCACCAGGCGCGGCUCUUGGCGCAUGCAGUUCAGAGUCGAGCACUCUGGAGGGGACGAGGGCUGCCUUGCACAGGCCGAGGCCAGUGCUGUGCCCCAGCGGCCGGAUGCACUCCCCCCAGGGGCAGCGCCGGGUCUCGUGCCCGCCGGCCGCGCGCUGGAAGAGCCCACGGCGACAGCCGGCGGGGUCGCCGGCGAGUGGUUGCCGGCCGCGGAGUCGGUGGGGCCCGUCGGCACGCACGCCGCCACUGAGGAGGCGGCCAGCGAGGCGGAGCGCUCGGGCCUGCUGGCCCGGCGGCAGGCCCUGGCGGCCGAGCUGGCCAGGGAGGGGGCCGCGCUGUCGCGAGGCUUGGCGCAGCAGAAGGCCCUUGAGGAGCAGGCGGGCGCGCUGCGCAGGGAGCGCGGCAGGCUCACCGAGGAGCUGUGCGCCCUUGAGGAGGCCAUCGCCAGCUGCCAGGGCAGGGCGGACGCGUUCCGCGCGAGCGAGGAGGAGGUGAGGAAGGCGGCGGAGGCUGCGGGGCAGGAGCUGGAGGCCGCGCGGCGGACCGAGGGGCGGCUCUCCGAGGAGCUGCGCUUCGCUCGGCAGGAGGCAGAGGCCGCGAGGGCGGCAGAGGCGAGCGUCGUGCAGCGCACUGCGCAGGGCCGCGAGGCUGUGCGCGCGCUGGCGUCCCUGCUGGGGUGGACUGACGUGCUGCGCCAGCACGGGCACGUGAUGGGCCAUCUCGCCGAGACCCUCGGCCAGUGCCGCGGGCCUGCGGGUGGGGCCGAGGCGCGGGUGGCGCUGGCCGAGCGCUCGCCCUCCUCGCCCUGCGGCCGCGUGUCUUUCUCCGGUGACAGCGCGGUCCCAGCCCAGGCGUGGGCGGCGCCGGCCGAGCCUUCGCCCUCCUCGCCCGUGGGUCGCAUGUCCCUGUCUGGCGACAGCCCCUGCGAGGACGUCCCCAGCCCGGACGCGCCCGCCCUGCUGCUGCCGCCGGCGCGGGCGCCGCCGGUCUGGCGGAGGCCGCGGGCUUCGCGGGGGGCCGGCGGCUCGCAGUCGCCGCGGCCGCCGCUCGCCGAGCGGCGCGGCGACGAAAACGUCGCGCCAGGGAGCCAGGGCGGAAGAGACGCCGGCUCGGUGCGGCACGAGCCUGGCCGCUGGCAGGCGCCGCGCCACCCGGGGCCGUGGAGGACCUGUCGACCCCUCCACGCUGACGUGGCCGCGUGGCCGCCAUCGCCCCGCCCUCUUCCCCUCGCUCCCCUCGGCUUGGCGCCAGCAGCGUUCCGCUGCACCUGCUGA